UGGGAUGGCAGCAGCAGCGGGAGGAUCGCGCCCGCGCUGUCAGUGGGUUUGCGUCUUGGCUCGCGUCGUCAGUCUGCGCUCAGCUCUCCUCCUGAAGACAUCCUCACCGCGGAGCGCAGGCUGGCACCACCAGCUCAGCGGCACGCCUCUGCGCUUCACCCAGCAGCCAGCAUCCCAAACCGACGCCAAGCAUCCAGGGGAGAGAAGUGUGAAAAUAGUACAAUGGGACCAUUCCAAGAAUAUGAGGAAAAGAAAUCUCCAGAGAAAGGAAGUCCUCGCAGCCGCAUCCCACGUUUGGUCCUUCAUCCUCUCCAACCCAAAGACAAAGCGUCGCCUCAGUCUGAUUCCCCUUUCUCAGAGGAGGAGGGGGGCAAGGAGUGCGACAUCAGCUCCGACAACUCCAAGAGGACCGUCAGCACCAACAGCUUCUGCUCCGAUGACACCGGCUGCCCACCUAGUCAGUCUGUGUCCCCCUCCAAAACCCCGUCAGGCUCAGAACGGAGUGCCCACGGCUCGCCAGUCCUCCCGGAACGCAAAGCCAAAGUGAAGCGGGUGAGGGUGAUGACCGAAUGGAGCGGCGAGGCACGGAGCACACAGAGGCACAAGAGGGAACUGAGGUCUGCCAUGAAAGCCAGAGGUAGUGAAGCAGACUUCAGCUCAUCCAGCAGCACAGGCAGCCUGAAGACCAGAGACGGCCCCGUGCCAAAUUCAGCUGGAAAGAAGGCCUCUUCACGCAGUCGUGGCAUUCACAUCCGACCACUCCCAGUAUUUAAGCCACCUGGCAGUCCAACUGCAAACCGAGAUGCAGAUCUUUAUGCUCCACACAAGACUCCUCCCAGAGCUGCCCUCUCCACCACCAACAGCAGCAGCUGCAAUUCCAGUCCUACUUCCAGACGAGUAAGCUUGGGCCGCUACCACUCCUGUGGAGAAAACCAUGGCAUCAGACCGCCAAACCCUGAGCAGUACCUCACCCCCCUGCAGCAGAAGGAGGUGGCAAUCAGACACCUGAAGACCAAACUUCUGGAGUCUGAGAACAAAGUUUGUGACAGGGAGACGGAGAUUGAAGAGCUCAAGGGGCAGCUUAGCAGAAUGAGGGAGGACUGGAUUGAAGAGGAGUGUCACAGAGUGGAGGCACAGCUGUCCCUCAAAGAAGCCCGCAAAGAGAUUAAGCAGCUGCGCCAGGUGGUGGAAACCAUGAAAAGCAGCCUAAUGGAAAAGGACAAGGGAAUACAGAAGUACUUUAUUGAUAUCAACAUCCAAAACAGGAAGUUGGAGUCUCUGUUGCACAGCAUGGAGCUCGCCCAGAGUGGUUCCAGUCUCCAAGAUGAAAAUCCUCUGGAUUUCAUGUGUGACAGCUCCGAUGGCAGCGGGAGGAAGAUGCUGAGGAUGGAAGAGGGUGGGAUUGAGUUGGGGGACCAAGGAGCUGAAGCUUUGGCGGACAGUGGACUCUUGGUAAACGAUGAGAUGGCAAACAGCGCUGACAUCUUUGAGCAGGUCUUCAUGUCCACUGCAGUGGAUUUCAGCCAGGAUUCCAGCAAUAAUCCCGGGGCCGCUGGAGAAUCCGGGGCUCUGUCAGAAGAGGAGCAGAUGGCCAGUGCAUCCACUGCACCAUUGUCCCCAAAGACACUUUUCUCCCCCUCUCCAUGCCAACAGAACACAGAAGAUAAAGGAAUCCAGACGGAGCUGAUGCCUGUAUCACCUGACCUGCAGGCUCUGCUUCUGCAGCUGCUAAAGUUCCACGGAUGUUCCCGAGGAGAUGCAGUUCUGUCUCCCUCCACUCUCUUGGGUUUCCCAAACUUGCACAAUUCCACCACUGCCUGUCAGUCUGACUCCACACUCCCCCAGCCCAUCAUGGCUCCAGAAAGCUCAGAGCCCACUGAUUCAGAGUGUUGCCCAGAAGCGACAAAGAACCUUCGAUUCAUGAAGGAACUAGACUUUGAAGCAAGUGAGGAGGAGCCUUGUUCAUCUCAGGAGGUGGGUGUGGUGAGUAAGCGAUACUGGAGCAACAGCUUCUGGGUAGAUUUGGUGGCAGUAGCAGCUCCAGUUUUGCCCACAGUGGCUUGGCUGUACUCUCGGCACGGCGUAGACGGCAGCGCUCCAGUCUACAACAUCGCCGCCCUAAUCAGGGGCUGUUGCAUCGUGGGAUUGCACUCUCUUCGUCACGCUGCCAGCCGCUCGGAUGCGUAAUGGCACAGACACCACAAUCAUGCACCCAACUUUGACCUGAGAGCACUAAAUCAGUAUUUAUGAGAAACCGUUCUGACACUGGAUAAAAGCAAUGCAGUUAUCUUUGCACUGUUAUUUUGCACUCUGUAGUUAUGAUUUGAUAUUUAAUGGUGACAUUGAAUGGAUUAUUUACAAGAAUUUCUGUAUUUACAUUUGAGCAUAUCAUCUGGGUAGAUGGUUAUGUUACUGUCCUCUUCUAACCCUAUUUAGUUUAGUUUGUUUUUUUGUUUUAACUCAAUGUUGAGAUACUUUUAAAUGGCGGAAGCUGUAAUCCUUAGAUGCAUUCUGAAACGUGUUUGUGUUGCUGUCAGAAAACCUUUCUGCCAAAGCUUUAAUGUGACUUCACUGUUGUGCAUCUGUUCUUUCCCUCCUUUCCCAGGAGUAGAGCUUUACCGAACGCAGCUCAUGUGUUUGUAGAAAGAAGCUAAAACUUUAACUGACACUUGUGCCUGAGCAAUGUGCAAUACUGGGGGUUUACAUCAAAUGUCCUUGUAACUUUAAUAUUAAAGCAUGACGAUUCUGGGCA